AAAAUGUGGAGAAGGAGGUCCCAUGGUGAUGAUGUGAGUGGAAGAAUAGUUCCACUUCUUCUUCUAUCUCACAAUACAAUCCUCUGACUUACCCUUAACACGCAUAGACUUCUCAGAGGCUCACCCUUUUUGCAUGUCCUGAAUCCUACCAAGAACGAAUCUUGAAAGUUACAUAUAAAACAAACAGUCAUGCUUCUGGUGCCACCAAGGGCCAGACGCAGCCUUUUGUUGAGAGACUGCUGCUGAUUAUUCGUUUGGGGUGCAGAAAGAACACAUGGAUGAUGGAAAUGCUGAGCUUUCUGAUAAGCUUUCAAAUAAUGUUCUAUUUUUGAAUCCAGAGUCAUCUAGCAGUUUUCAGGCUUCAGCAUCUGUGAACACAGUUCCUGAAUUAUGUAGGAGUAGCAGCAGAACAUGCACUCACACUCACACCUGCAACCCACCUGGCCCUGAUGCUGCUCACACACACACGUGCUAUCACACUCACACCCAAAUUUUUGCACCUGAAGACGAUGACCACACCAACUCCAAACCAAAAAGGCCUUCUGGCAACCGAGAAGCUGUUAGGAAGUAUAGGGAGAAGAAGAAGGCACACACAGCAUACUUGGAGGAGGAAGUUAAGAAAUUGCGUUUGGUGAAUCAGCAACUAGCGAGAAAACUACAAGGGCAGGCAGUUCUUGAAGCAGAAUUGGCAAGGUUGAGGAGCAUUUUGGCACACCUAAAGGGGAAAAUAGACAGUGAUUUGGGUGCUUUCCCCUUUCAAAAGCAGUUUAACUCUUACAUUCUGAAAGAAGGGGAUGCAAGGACAAAUGGCCUUCAGUGUCAGAACAAGUUGCCAUGCUUUCAUCCACAUGCAGGAUCAUCAUCCCAGGUCAACAUUUGUGCAUAUGGUAAGUCCGUGAGUUCAUGGGAAGGAAACUGCCAACCUGAAAUUGUAGAUUGUCAUGUUGAUGCAAAUAAUUUGACCAGUACUGAAGGACAAACUGUUGAGACAGUGGAUAACUUCUUGUCAUCUGCAUCUCAAGAGUAAUGGUUUAGCCUUAUAAAUGUCUUUCUCCUCAAUUGAUGUCACUGAUACUAGGUAAGAUGAUGUACUUUUAGCUAGUGUUACCUAAAAGGUUUGUUUCUUACAUCAUAAAGGGAGUCAUGAAGUUUGCAUUCUGCAAUCUAUAGGAUAUGUAGGCAAUGUAUAUUUAGAGAUUUGUACAAUAUGUAUGCUAGCACACAUAAAGUAAGUGUUCUACUUCUUGAUAAA